AUGGAACAAUACCUUCACUCUGACUCUCCUGAGUCUCAAAAUGAACCAGUUAGUGUCAUCUGGAGCAAACUUCAGGAAUUCUGUCUGGUCACAGCCAGAACUUGUCUUGGAGUUUCGAAGGGAGCAGUUCAGGGUGGCAAAAAUACAAGAUGGUGGAAACCAGAAAUAGAGGUCAUUCUGAAGGAGAAAAAGCUUCUUUUCAAACAGUGGCAGGGCAGCAAGACACAGGAAGACAGAGAAAAGUACAAACUCGAGUAUAAAAUAGCCAAGAAAGCAGCCAAGAGAGCAGUUGCACAGGCAAAAGCAGCUUCAGAGGAAGAGUUCUACAAAAAGCUUGAGACCACCGAAGAUGAAAAAUCAAUAUUCAAAACUGCCAAACAAAGACACAACAACUGUCAAGAUAUCAAAAAAGUAAAAUUCAUAAAAAAUUAG